AAACUGUUGUCAGCUGGUCAGAAACCAGGAAGUGGAAAACAAUCCCAUUUGACGCAACAUCUCCUCCAUGAACACCGUGUUUCCCUGCCGCAUGCUCCCGAGGACGCCCCAGCAGCUUUUACAGGUGGAAACAUGAAUCAAGAAAAACUGGCCAAGCUUCAAGCUCAAGUGCGGAUAGGUGGGAAGGGUUCGGCACGUAGAAAGAAGAAGGUGGUGCACAGAACGGCGACCGCAGAUGACAAAAAGCUCCAAAGCUCCUUAAAGAAGUUGGCUGUAAACAACAUUGCAGGCAUUGAGGAGGUCAACAUGAUCAAGGAUGACGGCACGGUGAUCCACUUCAACAACCCCAAAGUUCAGGCUUCACUGUCAGCCAACACCUUUUCCAUCACGGGUCACGCCGAGACCAAGCAGCUGACCGAGAUGCUACCAGGGAUCCUCAGCCAGCUCGGUACCGACAGCCUCAGCAGCCUGCGGAAACUGGCCGAGCAGUUCCCACGACAGGCUCUUGACUCCAGAACUCCAAAGGUUGAAGACAUCGAGGAAGAGGAUGAUGAUGUUCCAGAUCUGGUGGAGAAUUUCGACGAGGCAUCCAAGAAUGAAAGCAACUGAUUGGUUUCAUGUGCCUGUGGACUGAAUAAGUGACGGCAUCAUCAACACCAUCCUGUGAAGCAGAGACUUUUUUUUUUUUAUUUUACUGAUCCAUGUGGCCCUACAAGCUUGAGUGAUGAUGAGAAUAAAGAUGAUGUAGAACUGCA